UCUUCCGAAAAUUUGCUCGUGCGUUGGCGUAGAUGCUGCUGCGGAAUAUCUAUAGAGCAGCUAUCACCGAUACAAGAACAGAAACGAUAGAUAAGAUCAUACCAGUACAACGUGGCAAAUGAAAUGUUAAUGUCUGAAGAAAAAUGGCCCAAGCUAAAAAAAGUAAACGUAACAGCAGCAGAAAAUCGCCGUAUUUGUGGGAGUUUUUGUACGGACUGUUAGAAGAUGAGGAGUGUAAACAUGUGAUAGAAUGGACGAAUAAAGAAGAAAGAUUAUUCUCAAUUAACGAUACGGAAGAACUUGCCAAGUUGUGGGGAACUGUAAAGAAUCGACCAAAAAUGGACCAGUUCAAGCUAUUUCGAGCCAUGAGAACCUGUUAUGAUAGAGGAUUGCUCAAAAAGAUAAAGGGCUACCAUCGCGUCUAUAAGUUUCUUUCCAUAGCAUACAAGAUGGAGGGGUGUGGACAAAAAGCUGAAUUACCAAACGAGAACACCGAUAAAGACAUGAUUUCAACGAAUACAAACGAUCUUUUUGACUGUCUGAAAAGUUCGGAGGUUGACGUAAAGAAACGUCAAUCAUCGGAUGACCAAUCCCGUUCAUGGAAGUGCUUUCGCCCUCGAGUACAAAGCUCCUCGUCGUUUUCUAGUGAAAGUAGUUCCUCUAGUAUGGACGAUCAAAGAAAUGAUUCUUAUUCAAUAUCCCUGAUGAAUGAUGAUGACGACAUUACAGUGAAUUCUUUAUUGGACUCAGUUGACUACUCAAAAUCCGUCAUGACCAAUCAUAACAGACAAAACCUCAUACCUCCAACAGACAUCGACGACAUUACAGUGAACUCUUUAUUAGACUCAGCUGAUUCCCGAAAAUACGUCACCGAAAAUUUCCAAGCGUUAACUGAUUCGUCUUAAAAAUGAGAACUGCCCAAGGAGAUUUUGCGAGACAAAAACUUUAUCACUGGUCCUAGGACACAAGAACGCAUUUUAUUUUAAAUAUGGUUAGCACCUGUGUGAUCACGUAUCAUAUAUUUUUUAACCGGACUCGGUCGAAUGAGCUUCCACUUUGAUCUGGUGAAAAACAUUUUCAUUUAUGGCAACACUGAAAUAUUAUGGAUUUGGAUUUAUUCAUUUUAUCGAAUUGCGGAAUUUAUAACAGCAAUACGUAAAUCUCGUUGCGAUACCAAGGCUACGGUUUUUAUUGUCGACGCACACGUCAUACAUAUGUACGACAGUAGGAAUUAUUUGUUGGUACUUGAAGUGGCAUAAAAAGCUACGAAAAUCAUUACUGACACAUGACUUUAACAAAUUAAAGUACGAGAUCAUUUAGGGACAUUCACUCGGUGGUUUAAUAAAAAACUAGUUCAAGCUUAAAGAAUGUGUGAACCAAGAUACGUUGAGCACUUUUGUUCAUGUUUACAUCGUUACUUUUUGAGCUUGCGGAACACUGAAUUCAAUUUCGUCACCAACGUCGCCAACUUUAUUUGAAAGUUAGCAAAUUGACUAAAACCUUAUUUUACAUCAAUUAUUAUCGUUUGACUAACUUGCAUAGGCUGCAAUAACAAAAUCCGCCAUUUUCUCGACACUCAAAAUGGCCGACACGCUGUGAUUAACGCGAAAUGCAUCUUGGUCGACACACAUUCUUUAAGUUCAUAAUGCGAAUAUAAAAAGCAAUUGAAAAAUUGACAUUCAAAUACAAAUUCUCUUCAUUGUCCAGCAUAUAAGUAUAACAAGAAAUUUUCGUGUAUAAUAUAUAUUUGCUGCAUAUGAA